CUCGUUCUCCUCUCGUCGCACAAGGACACAGGUGCCUCUUAGAAAAUAUCUCGGGGCUUUUCUGACCUUUUGCGCACCUCUUGUCAGAAUCGCCUCCCUUGGAAAAACUUGCCUAUAAAGGCCAAGAAAUCAAUUUGACGAAUCUACCCUCGCCUCUAGCCUCUGUUUGUGUCGCUCGCCUGCUUCCCCUUUUCGAAUCCCCUCCUCUUUCGUCAAAGCUCGAACAGUUCUCAGAGAGAAAUCGCCUCUCUACGAACAGCCGCCAUGGAUCUCGAUCUCUGGAUUUCGAAGGUGAAAGAAGGCAACCAUCUAACAGAAGAAGAGCUUCAGCUCCUCUGUGAAUACGUGAAGGAGAUUCUCAUUGAAGAGUCAAAUGUGCAGCCUGUCAACAGCCCAGUGACAGUUUGUGGUGACAUCCAUGGCCAGUUCCACGAUCUAAUGAAACUAUUUCAGACCGGAGGUCAUGUACCUGAGACAAACUACAUUUUUAUGGGUGAUUUUGUUGAUCGUGGUUACAACAGUCUGGAAGUUUUCACAAUUCUUUUGCUUCUGAAAGCAAGAUACCCUGCGAAUAUAACACUUCUGCGUGGAAAUCAUGAAAGCAGACAACUAACUCAGGUAUAUGGUUUUUAUGAUGAGUGCCAGAGGAAGUAUGGAAAUGCUAAUGCAUGGCGGUAUUGCACUGAUGUUUUUGAUUACCUCACUCUUUCAGCCAUUAUUGAUGGAACUGUUCUUUGUGUCCAUGGAGGUCUUUCUCCUGAUGUUCGAACAAUUGACCAGAUGAGAGUCAUUGAGCGGAAUUGCGAAAUCCCCCAUGAAGGGCCCUUCUGCGAUCUCAUGUGGAGUGAUCCAGAAGAGAUUGAAACGUGGGCAGUCAGUCCACGUGGUGCAGGUUGGCUUUUCGGGUCCAGGGUUACGUCAGAGUUCAAUCAUAUAAACAAUCUACAGCUGGUUUGUCGGGCGCACCAGCUUGUCCAAGAAGGUCUCAAGUACAUGUUUCAAGAUAAAGGGCUUGUAACUGUUUGGUCUGCACCAAAUUACUGUUAUCGGUGUGGGAAUGUAGCUUCUAUAUUGAGCUUUAACGAGAACAUGGAGAGAGAAGUGAAGUUUUUCACAGAAACGGAGGAGAACAAUCAGAUGAGGGGGCCCAGGUCAGGAGUGCCCUACUUCCUAUGAAGAAGAUCCGCUUCUCUUCCGGGGUGCACGCAUUUCCUCAUCACAUAUUCCUGUGUCCAGGUGCGGGUUGUUUUCGAGUUAUGCUGGCGAUUUUCCGUGAUAGCUGAUGGGGUUGUUGGGGGUUUUUCUGGGUUUUCUCCCUGCUGGUUUUCUCUCACCAAAUUUGCAGUUUCAGUAGCUGUUAAGGGCAUUGCUAUCAAAAAGGUGUGUAACAAUGGGGAUUUCUAUGUAGUACUAGACUAACGGGUAUUACACAAUGCUCGGGCUGAUAGCUUGUGUGGCAUAGUUCAGUCUCUUGUACAGGUGGUUGCCAUGCUCAGAAAUCCAAUCCGUUGACAUUGUUGCGCUGCUUUGGAUGGUGCCUGCAUUGGAAAAUCAUCCAGAUGGAAGAUUCUCUUUACCUUCAAUUGCUGGUCAACAAGUAGAUUGUUAAGAAAGACAAAUACAGCAACAUGUAACAUUAAAAAUGCCAAGUGCAACUGGGCUUGGCUCUUCACAUUCGGGAGCUUUGGUGUGUGGUUAUAGAAACCUCAAAUAAGUAUGUGUGUGACAGUUGAGGAAUUAUAUGUUACAUUGUUUGCAUC